AUGCUAGAUAGCCUCCACAACGGUUUACCGCCUCAUAGUGGCGUGGAGGUGACACUGGGCGUCGAACUGCGAUGCACAGCGGAGGUUGGGCGACGACCUGUGGUGAAAGCUAAGCUCGCCGUGGCAUGGCUGCUUAGUUUGGGGAAAAGUCUCUUUGCCACUCCAGCAUAUUCACUGCCUCAGUACCCUGCACACUGGGCCCUGCCGUCUCAGACGUCGGACGGUAUGGCGACCGGUGAGAGGCGAUCAAAUCUCAGGUUGCUCAGGACGUCAUUGAUUCUGGACCAAGGCGACACACGCACGACUCGCCAUGGAGACUGUCUCAGACUGUGUACUUACAACGCGAGAACAGUUUCCACAGACGCCGACCUGCAUGCCCUUCUCGGAGCUGCAGAGCGUAUCAAAUUUCACGUGAUUGCUCUGCAGGAGACCAAGUGCAGAAGGAGCGACGUACGACAGAUGAAUGACGGUACACUCGUCAUUCGUGGAGAGAAGGUUCCGUCGCGAAAUGUAGGCGGUGUUGGUUUCGUUGUGCACCCAUCUGUCGUCCAUCUCGUCGAUUCUCACGAGAUCCUGUCACCUCGUCUGGCCAUUCUUCGCCUCCGCCCUCUGCGCCAAAAAUCCAUCAGUAUCAUCAACUGCUAUUCACCAACAUCAGCAGGUGAUGAUUCCGAAUUGGACGCGUUUUACGAGGAGCUGGAGGAAGUAGUCCACAACGAGAAGUCCUUUUACAAAUUCGUUGUCGGAGACUUCAACGCAAAACUAGGAAAGGCCACAGAAGAGGAAUACAGGAUUGGAAGAUUUGGACUAGGGGACCGGAAUGAAAAUGGCAAUCGUCUCGCGGGGCUGUUGUCCGCCGCUCACCUCUUUCAUGGGAACUCUCUUUUCAUGAAAAAAGAUCAUCGUCGGUGGACAUGGGAAUCGCCCAAUGGCGCGACUCGUGCGGAAAUCGACCACAUACUCACCAACCGGAGGUGGUGUCUACUUGACGUCUCAGUAGUACCAUCCUUUUGUAAUGGUCCUGGUCACCGUCUCCUUCGUGCGAAAAUACGACUUAGCCACACGAUGGAAAAGAACAUCUGCUAUCGGCAACGAAGGAGAAAAGAAGUCGUCUACGGCGAUUGCGUACUCGAGGACUCCCUGUCCCAAGGUGACUGGCACAUCGAGGAGGACCCAAACGUGGACUACGAGAUGCUGCUCAGAGGAUUACGAGCCUGUGCUGAACGUGCCUCGAAGUCGCGCACGACAAACUUGGAUCGAAUUUCGAAGACCACCAAGGAAUUGUUAGGAAGAAGAAGGGCUUUGAGGCUUGAUCCGAAUGCAUCGCACAUUGAGCGCCCAAUCAUCCCCACUGGCGAUGCUCCACCACGGAUUCUCCCUUCGGAAGUACGAAUCGCUAUCAAGAGCAUGAAACCUGGCACAGCCCCCGGACCUGAUUUUAUAUCAGCAGACUUUCUUCGGGCUGGUGGCCAUCCGCUUCAUGUAAUCUUAGCAGCGCACAUGACAUCCUAUCUUCAGAAAGAAAGGAUCCCAGACCAGUGGAAGACCUCGCGAACCGUUCUUAUCCAUAAGAAAGGUGACCGAGAGGACCUUCGGAACUACCGUCCGAUAUGCUUGCUGAGCGUGUUAUACAAAGUAUUCACCAAGAUCAUCCUCACACGCAUAUCUAAGACGCUGGAUGAAGGCCAGCCUCAAGAACAAGCUGGAUUCCGCCAAGGGUUCAGCUGCUUGGACCACAUCCAGACCGUGUCGAGGGUCAUAAAGGUUUGCCGGGAAUACCGCCUGCCCCUUGUUCUAACCUUCGUCGACUAUGAGAAAGCCUUUGACAGCGUAGAAACGAAUGCAAUACUGUCAGCGCUGGUCGAUCAAGGUGUGGACGCGUCGUAUGUGAGGACAUUAGCCAAUUGCUACGAACGAUGCACGACUAGGAUACAGCUUUUCCACCGCCCUCUCACCAUACCCAUUGGAAAGGGGGUACGACAAGGCGAUACUAUAUCGCCGAAGCUGUUCACGGCUGCAUUGCAAUGGAUAAUGAAAUCACUAUCCUGGGAAGAAAGGGGCAUACGUGUUGAUGGAAGAUUUCUCUCGAACCUUCGUUUCGCGGACGACAUCGUUCUCUUUUCGAGCAGUACCAAUGAAGCAGAAACGAUGCUCAACGAAUUGAACGAAGCAGGGAAGAGAAUAGGACUACGAAUAAAAGACAAGAAAGAAAGAAGACACAGUUCAUGA